AUGAUGCAACGGAAACGCACUAAGAAUGGUAAUGAUAUUUCGACUGAUCUCGAAGCUCUUCGCAUGGAGGAUCUGGACUCCACCAUCCAACCCCCGUCGCUCCCUCAGCCCGCUCUGAGCUACGCCAGCAUGCUGAAAAACCCGAUCGAUCGCUACCACACAACCAUGACUGAGGAUUUCGAACUCACUGAUGCUGAUUGUACCUAUACCCAAGGCAAGCAUGGACAGAAUGUCUCGUUCUCUCAGAAGGUCCACAACAAAUUGGAUUUUGACUGGCGCUGUGCUGUUGUUGUCAAACUUAUGGGUAAGCCAAAUUCCACUAACACUUUUGAUUUCAUGCUGAAAGGUCUGAGGCGUAAAUGGCAAACCAAAGGUCGUUGGCAUCUUAUUGACUUGCCGAAUGAUUUUUUCAUUGUUAAAUUUAACCUGGAGGAUGAUAUGAAUGCUGUCUUGUGUGGUGGACCUUGGAUUUUGGCUGGCCAAACUCUGAUUGUGAGAAAAUGGAAUCCUGAUUUUGAUCCUAUGAAUGAAGUAAUUGGGAAAAUGGCUCUAUGGGUCAGGAUUUGUGGUUUUCCAGUCAAGUACUUUAAGGAUUACACUGUUGCUAAGAUUGGCAAAAUCUUGGGGGAUGUGGUUAAGGUUAAUCAGGUCACCAUUGGCCAGGCUAGAGGAAUUUCCUUGAUUUGCUUCGAGUGUGGAUGCUUUGGCCACUCUAAAGACAAAUGCCCUACUGUGUUUGCUAUGUCUCCUGCUCCUCCACAUGGUGAUGGUCCUAACUGUGGUAACAAUGAUCAGACCUUGGCUCCUACUGAGAAUUGUGUCAUGCAGCAUGAGAUGGAUACUCCUUAA